AUGGACGAGAAGAAGGAGGAGGACAAGAAAAUAGAUAUUAAUCUUAAGAAAAGCGAGAAGAAAAAGAGGACGAUAGAAAAAAGUACGGGAGGCAGGCCCACGAGGGCGGAGGAGCUGUCAAAAAUAAGGAAUAGGACAGAAAGCCAAGGAUCAAUUACAGAAUACGUAAGGAAAAGAGGAAGGGAAGAAGAAAAAGAAAUAGCAGAAAAAGCGGAAAAGGAAAUUUUGGAAAAUUUCAGCAAAGAAAAAAGGGUGAUAAGAUCGCCGCCAAACAAGGUUAAAAGAGAGGAAAAGAAAGAAGGAGAUAUGGAUGUGGAAAGAAUGCUGAAAGAGAUUUUAGUGAAAAUGGAUGAUCAAGAGAGAGAAAGAAAGAAGGAUAAAGAAGAGUUAAUGAAAAAGAUACACGACCUGUGUGAGGAUUACAGAAAGAGAGAACUGCUUUGGGAAAAGCAGAAAACGAGUUUAUAA